AUGAACGGCGCCGGCGCGGGGGCGGGCUCCACCGCCUCCGACUCGCAGCCCCCGGCGGCGGCCGUCAAAACGGAGCGCCUCAGCCCUCCGGGGCCCUCCACGCCGGGAGGCGGGGGUGGCGGCGGGGGCGGGCCACAGGGCGCCGCCUCCAGCAACAGCAGCACCGCCAGCUCCAACAGCACCAGCAACCAGCACCACCAGCCGGGCGCGCCGGACACCAACUCGACGUCGUCCCGCAGCGGCACUCCGGGCUCCUCGUACCCGGGCACGCCGCCAGAGCGAGCCGCGUCGCCGCACCCGCUCAAGACGGAGCACCUGGCCAGGAACUACUCCGACUUCAUGCGCUCGCUCGCCGCCAAGUACAACAACGCCAACCCCAACGACUACCUGAGCAGUGCGGCGGCGGCAGCGGCGGCGGCGGCGGCGGCGACGGGCGCGCGCAACGGCUACCUGGACCCGCGCUUCGCGCCCUUCAAGUCGGGCGCCGCCACGCCCUUCGUAGGGCUGAUGGCGCCGCUGACGGCGCCCAAGGGCGGCGCGGGCGCGGGCGGCCCCCCGACGCCGGCGCCGACGCCCGCCCCCGCCACGGACCUGCUCGGCAUGUUCCCGCCCAUGAUCGACAUGAGCUCGACGCAGGCGCUGCUCUCCAUGGUGCGCUCCGCCAACGCCUCCCAGCUCGAGAACUACCUUAAGGGCGCGAGCAGCCGCCGGCCGGCAGAGUCCUCUCCGCUGGACCUGAGUCCAGGCGCCGUGGUACCGCCUCCAGCCAAGAGGCGCGCCUACCACGCCCCCUCCAGGAGCAUCGGGGAGAGCCUCUUCGCCUCCAAGGACACGCACAGGCUGCGCCGGCUGGGCAGCGUGUCGCCGAAGCCGCGGCCCCCGGCGCCGCCCCCCGCCGCCCCCGCGGCCGGGUCCCGCGUGCUGCCCUGCCCCUCGCUGUGCGGCGCCGCCUCCGCCGCCACGUGCGCCCCCGACGCCGCCGCCACUGCCACCUGGAGCGUCGACGACGUGGCCGCCUUCGUCGGCUCCAUCGACCUGUGCGCCGAAUACGCGCAGAACUUCCGCGACCAGCGCAUCGACGGGUGCGCGCUGCCGCUGCUGACGGAGGAGCACAUGACGGGCGCCCUGGGCAUGCGCCUGGGCCCCGCGCUCAAGCUGCGCGCCGCGCUCGCCAGGCGCCUCGGCCAGUGCGCCGCCUGCGCGCAUUGCCUCCACUGCCACGCACCGCAACCCGCGCAGGCGCAGGCGCAGACGCAGGCGAGCGCAGCCGCCUCCCACUCGCCCGCCUCCAGGCCGGCCAGCACCGGCGUCUAGGCGCCGGACUGCCUGCGGCGACCAACGAGCGUCGGCGGGCAAACUUCCGACGAAGCAGUUUCUGCGAUCGGACAGUGCUUGUCUGCCUGACCACACGGACUCCGAGGCCCAGCUGGGCGCCACUGUGAAGACUCGUGGUGUGUUAGUGCGGCAGAAAAAUUCCCCAUCCACGUUUCAAAAAGAUUACUCCGAUAUCGCAAGACUAUAAAGAAUCGAAACCGGGGGUAAACUUUAACUUGCACGUAGACAGAACCGUUCGAGAACAUUUUACCACACAAGCGGUGCCCACUCUCAGUUUGACGCCCCAAGUGGCUGCCAGUAACUCCGAUACCUUCAGCAUAAAAAUCUUACAGUUAUGGCACCUCUGCCACCCCUCUCGGCUUGGCACCCCCAACUGCACCUUUUGUCACUUGGCCCUUAAACUGGCCCUGCACAUACAAAGUUUUUUAUUUUCAGAACCACCAUACAAUUUUACAAGAGAAUAUCUUUUACAUGCAUGUUUGGGCUUACUAUUUACCAAUUAUGUUUAGGAUCAAAGCUUUCAUUUACAUUUCACAAAUGUCAAAUGUGCCUUCCACCAAAUGCACGACAUCCGUCCAGACGACUGACAAAUUCGUCCUGUACUUCUGAGAACGUGUUUGGAGUUAAUGCAAUCAGAGCUGUCCCACACUUCACCCGAAGUUGUUGGGAGUGGAGGCAUGUUGAUUGAGCCUUUCACAAACCUGCACUACAAAUAUCACAUACCCUGAGAUAAGGCAAUCUUGGAAAGCAAUGGUGCAAUGUGAGAUCCGUACACCCCUUAUCAUUGAGGCAGUACUCUCAAAUAAUAUUACACCACAUAGUUUUUCACUGAAUUUCACAUGUUGAAAUGGAGAAUGCAAAAUGCCUUUUGUUGAUGUGAUAUCUCCAUCUCCUAUCGAUGCACGAAAACCGUUCGGGGCUUAAUGAUGUUCUAAAUGAAAUAAUUGACAGUCCAAACUCUAGAGCAACAACUACAAGAGAAGCCUGCAAUUUCAAACAUCACCCCCUAGACAUUGAACUUGUUUUUCUUCUCUCUAUUUUUCAAAGGAGAUUUUUAAAGACUGAACAGUUUUUCAACACUCUUCAAAGAAAAAAAAAAGCACAGUUCGUCAACAGUGCUGUUUCGGAACAUGUAGCUCACAUCAAAAACUUAAGGAAUGAAGAUAAAUUCGUCAUCUUUUUCGGUCCCAUGAAAUGCUGGACUAAUUUGCGAGCUGAACCUUCCACGAAUAGAGCUGAAGUGACAGAUGAAUACAUUGGCAAUCCAUUGAUGUCAACAAUACUACGAGGUUUACUUCGAGCUAUUGGAUAAUAUUGUAACGCAAGUGGAAACCAAGUUUUCACAUUGUGAUAAACUGCUCUUUCUUAAAUUAGAUGAUACUAUUCAGUUUGCCAAUUAUGAUCAGCAUUUCCUAGUAGACAGUGUCAAUUCGUUAUUACAAAUGAAUGGUGCACCCUUCAGUCACUCACCGUCAUGUGUAGUACUGUGGUGUAUUUCCUCACCAGCAUAAAGAAACAUUUGACUCCAUCAGUGUGAGAGACAUUAUAAGAAUGAUUGAGAAUUAAAUGGGUCAAAAUCUUCCAGAAGCUCUCAAACAGUUUUGUCUAAUUGCUACCAUUCUUACAACAUGUACUUCAGUUGAAAGUUUUUCUUGUAUUAAGAAAAAAAUUGAGGAACAGUACAUCUUCACGGUAAUACAGGCUUCCGGCUUUCUUUCACCAGUCUUCCAUACACACAGCAGUUCUCAACAGUGUUGUUGGUAAGCACAGAAGAUGGAACUGUAAUGACAGAAUAAUAUCAGCCAUUCAUAUUGGGUAAUGAGUGAGGUCUCUAACCACGCCAGGGAUACCCUUUCGUCAACCACAUAAACUGACAACUUGUGCACCAGGGAAAACACUACAUUCCAGUGUUUCUAUCUUUAUUCGUGUACAUGAAAUAGUCUUGCGAAAUUACAAUAAUCUUUUUGAAAUAACCUGUAUUUUGCAAAGAUAUUGCAUGUAACAUAUUUCCUGUGCAAAAGUGAUUCUCUGAUGGCACCACCGUAAUGCAAAAUGAACUGACCGGAAUAGUAUUGUAGUAAGAUUCCACAAUUUUGCCAAUUACUGCCAAGGUCGGAAUCACUGCUCCAGAGGAAUCGGUCUUGAAACUCAAUGGGAAGCGUAACUGCUGGCCUCAUUUGUGUAAUAACUAUUUUUUUCAAUACUGUACAACUAUAUGGACAAACCUUACACAGUGCACCAAGUGCCACAUUAGUGGAGGCACUGGCUGCACUUUUAUUAAAGCACUGAAACUUUGCUCACAGACAGAAAAAUUGAAGACACUGAACUACAAUACAAAUAGUAAUGUUGACAGUGAACAGACUCUGAACAGUGUUGAGAGAUUUGUUGAUGUUUUGCUCUUGAAGCAGCUGUUCCUGAUGAUACUUAAAUAGAAAUGUAUUUUAAUUAAAUGUACUUUUAAGGAAACAUGUAAGGUAAAGUUGAGUUAGAAGAAGUAAUACAGUUUUCCCCCUCUGAUCUCUUUCCUCAUUUGCAAAAAACUUGCAGUAGUUUAUUAUGGUCUGACACUGUGUAUACUUGUAAAAUUUGCUCAUUAAACUGUCUAUGACAUGCCCUACUAUUCGAUUUCAUCACAAGUAUCUCAAUCCAAGCUCCACAAUCCUUAGGAAUUUUGUUUAUAUCAUGUACGUCCAUCUAUGAAUCCUGUGUGAUGCUCCACUAGUAACUAAAACUGUUUUUAUUAAAGAGAGAGUGAGCAGAAGCAAAUUAUUUUCCAUUUAAAUCAAUAAGAACCACUGCUCAAAAUGCUAGCAUUUACUUCUCACAUACAUUCUGACUGCAACAGUUCUGGUGGAAGCAUCUUUACAGAUUUGAAAAGUCUAUUAUUUUUUUUAACAUUGCAAAUAAUCACAAAAGGUAUGCUGUCUACAACAAACAGCACAUUAUUCUCCUCCUCCCCCUCCCCCUCCUCCUCCUCCAAUCUUACAUGUUACAUGUGGCUUAAAUUAAUCAGCUAAAAUAGCCAAUAUGUGUCAACUGUUGCAAAGGUAGACGUAGUGUAACUAAAAUUUACACUCUUAAUUAUUGUUUAAAGUGGCUUUAAAGAUUCUUGUAACAACAGAUAUUCAUCAGGAUAAUUUGCUGAUGUCUGAGAGGCAUCUUUCAGUACUGUGGAAACUGUCUUAUAACAGAAAGUAGAACAAAAAAUAUGACUGAUGAUGAGACUCCCUAGCAUGAGACAUCUUCAUUGGCUGGAUAUUGGCAGCAGUAGUCUCAUUACCAAGAGCAUGAAACUGUACCUGCUCCAUCAAAAAUCCUCACUAGUUGCUAACAUGUUUAAACACAGAGUCAGUAAAAUCCUUAAAGGGAAAUUGAAGUUAUUGUGAUCAUAUAGAAAUAAUUUUGAUUUCCAAGGAUCUAGCUCAACUAUUUAACAUUUUUCUUUCUUUGUGAUCGCUCAAGAGAAAAUGACUGUUACUCAAAAAACCACAGUAGAUUGAUGACAAAUUGUUACCUGUUAAUAACAUUGUCAUUGACAAAAUGAAUUACUUAGCAGUAUAAGUAGGAAAUCAUUUUUCCCUUUUCAUGUUCAUCACCUAUACUGUACCUCUAUUUUUGGAACAUGCUGAAAAAGAGUGGCAUUCAGUUUUACUAUGAGCAAAUUUACAGUCAUGUUGUGUACAUACAUUUUUAUUUAAGCUAUAUUUUGUUGUGCAUGUACAAAUGUUAAAUUAUUGUACCAGUUCUUUAACAUCUUAAUGGCAUAAAAACAGAAGCAAUGAAUUGACUUUUUACUUCUGAGCCAUGUUCAUCAAUGUGUCAGUGAAAUUUGCACAAAUAUGUGGUGUGAUGUAAAAUCCUGCAUCAAAAGCUAUCCUCCAAGGAUGAAUGUACGACAAAUGUCUUCCUUGUUUCAUGUUGCAUUUAUCAGAUAUAGUAUUUUAUCUGAUGGUAGAAAAGAGUAAAAUGGUGUAAUGUAUUUUUGUUAGUCACAAAAAAUAAAGCAUCAGUUUGUUUCUUAAAUUUUAUAA